AUGGUUUAUUGUGCGUGGUAUUUAGAGAACAGAGAUAUGUGCAGAUCCAUUCAACACAGCAUUGCUGAAAUAGAAGACGAGAACGAAAUGUACAUUGAAUCAGUGCAGGAGGCUGUCUUUGACAUAGUCACAGGCCCCACUGUGGUAAACAGUUUGGAAGUGUCAGUAAAAAUAGACGGGGAUGGAAAAACAUCCGCAGAAAGUAGCAGCACAUCUUCUACACCUCCUGGAAAUGAUGCUGAUCUGGCUUUUUCCUCUUUUCCUGAUAUAAGAUCUAAAGACAUGGAGAGAGAAGAGUUCAUAUUCAAGCUGCCUACGGGAAUAUACCAUGCAGUGUUCAUACAAGAGAUGAAAAAAGAAGAAAGCAGGGGGUGCAUACAAAAGAGCAUAAUAGUGCGCAGUAAUAAGUAUGUAUACGCCCUGCCAAGUGUGCUCUCUGCACAUUUAAAGAGCUCAGAUGAGUAUUCGGCAGACAAUGUGCUGUCUCUUUUGGCGAGUAGAUCGGUUGAGAUACCAAGAAAAAAUGAUGAGAUACGAAAAAUAUUGCUAGGACAAAUUCCAGAGAGCAUCCAGGCUCUGAUGGAGAAAAACAAAAACACAAUCCUGGAGAACCUGCUGCGAUGCAGAUCCUUUCUGAUUGUGGGGGAGAGGCCAAGCGAAGUAUCUGCUGUUGUGUGCUAUCUCUCUGUAUUCUGCGGGGUGGUAUACGGCGGAGAUGUGCUUCCGUACAGAUCAUCGUUUGUCCAAGGAGCACUCAAAGAUAGAAUUCUGAUGGGCGUGACAAAUGAGCACACACACAGAAUGAAGGGCUUUGACAAUGUACUUAAUUUAAAAGAGGGGAAGUAUUCGUACAGAGAAAAAGAGUGCGUUGACGACUUAGAAAAUCUUUUUAGGAAUAUGGAAGAAUACUUUGUGCAGAAUCCUGCAGGUUUUAGAGUAGAACAGUGGCUGUGCAGAAUGACAGAUGCGGGAGCCAGCAUGCGCGCCAGAAGGACAUUCAGAGAAUUCUUCAAUAGCCCAAGCUUUCCUGCAUGGCUGCACUCUCGUGGCUACAAAAUAGAAGAAAAGGAUGGCUAA